CCUCCCGAACAGUCACCAUUCAUCGUUUCUAACGGACGGUUCGAACUCUUGGGUUAAACAUCCUUAACAAUCUUGAAAUUUAGAAAACCCGUUCUUUGAUCAUUGGUGCCUCGCCACUCUGCUGUGACCGUGCAGUUUUCUGCUCCCUUAUCGGACAAUACACAUUUUUGGAGGGGUUAAAGCGUAGCAUGCUGUGCGAGCAAUUUUCCCAACAUUGAUCUAGUGCGGGGGCUAUUUUUAACGGAAACGUUGACUUGUAUACGGCUUCCAUCACUCAUAUCGCGUGUUUUCCGCGUCACUUAGCCUGUCAAUCGAUUAUUGGGAGGAAAAGGCAAAAAUCUUUCGGCAGUGCCGGUGAUAGUAGCAUUUUUCCGCGAGUUGCCGGACCGUUAGCACGCAUCGUACAAGGUUAGGAUGAUCCUGAAGAAGAUCCUGAAUGUUGGACUAGCUCGUCAGUUGGGUGGAAUCCGGUUGCAAUCGCAGCUACAGGCGGCAAGAUUCAUCUCCUGCGAGAGGAGGAGUAGUCCAAAGAUUUUGAUAACAGGUGGUCUCGGUCAGCUCGGAACGGAAUGUGCGAAGCUUCUCCGCAGCGUCUAUGGCGAAGAGAGUGUUAUUCUUUCGGACAUCAUUAAACCGAGCGAAGAGAUUGUGAACAGUGGGCCCUACAUAUUCGCCGAUAUCCUAGAUUUUAAAGGCCUCCAGAAAAUUGUCGUGAAUCAGCGCAUUGACUGGAUCAUUCACUUUUCCGCUCUACUCAGUGCAAUCGGGGAGCAGAACGUACCGCUAGCCGUGCGGGUCAACAUCGAGGGUCUUCACAAUGUGAUUGAACUAGCGAAGCAGUACAAACUACGGGUUUUCGUGCCAAGUACGAUUGGUGCUUUCGGACCGGACAGUCCGCGGAACCCUACUCCGAACGUUACGAUCCAGAGACCGCGAACCAUCUACGGUGUGUCAAAGGUGCAUGGGGAACUAAUAGGAGAGUACUAUCAUCACAAAUUUGGGCUGGAUUUCCGUUGCUUGCGAUUCCCGGGUGUCAUCUCGAGCGAUCCACCCGGUGGUGGAACCACUGAUUACGCGGUAGCAAUAUUCUUUGAGGCGCUGAAAUCUGGAAAGUACGAGUGUUACCUCAAACCGGAUACCCGUCUGCCCAUGAUGUACAUCGAAGAUUGCUUACGAUCGUUGCACGAGUUUAUGAUCACGCCACCGGAGAAGCUAAAACGAAGAGUGUAUAACGUUACGGCGAUGUCGUUUACACCGGAGGAACUGGCGAAUGAAUUGGCCAACCAUGUGCCAGAAUUGCACGUUAGUUACAAACCCGACAGUCGGCAGCUGAUUGCAGACUCGUGGCCACAGGUAUUUGACGAUUCCGAUGCUCGUCGUGACUGGGGAUGGGCACCGAAGUACGACCUCAAAAAGCUAGUGGAACUAAUGGUGAACGACGUACGGGAAAACUAUAUCAAAAAGGGACGAAGCAGUGUCUAGUAUUGUAGGGAAGUUUAAUUCUUUAACACGCUAUUGCACGCAAUGUUCUAUUAAAGUUUUCAACAAA